CAGGAGCUCCGCGAUCUCGCGGGCACUUCCGUUGGGGGAGUGUGAGGUUGCUACCGAAUUUUCUUUGGGAGAGGUGCGUCAGUUCCGCCUCUCCCGGCGCUUCCAAACUUCCUGGAUCUGCGCUUGGUACCUGCAGCGACCGGGCGAUUGAGGAGAAAAGAAACCUGGGUAGAGUACGGAGCCUGACUUCUCACAAAGGGCUGCACAGAGGUGGAAGGAGUGACGCCUUGGCUACUGACAGCAAGGUUCCACGCACCUCGCCAGGUGCAGCUCCACCUUCCUGGUACCUGUGCAAUUCAGGACUCUACACACGCCCGGAAGUAGGAGGACACAUGACCAUGUUCAAGGAGACGGUGACGUUCAAGGACGUGGCGGUGGUCUUCACGGAGGAGGAGCUGGGGCUGCUGGACCCCGCCCAGAGGAAGCUGUACGGAGACGUGAUGUUGGAGAACUUCAGGAAUCUGAUUUCUGUGGGAGGAAAGAUCCAAAGUAAGAUGAAGACUGUUAUAGAAGCAGAACCACCUGAAGAGCUUUCCUGCUGGCGGAUCUGGCAACAGAUUGCAAGUGACUUAACCAGGUGUCAGGGCUCCAUGAUAAAGAGUUCUCAGCUCCCCACACAAGGUGAUUCACCUGGACAGGUUGGAGCAGGACAGUCUGUAACUCACACAGGCCAGAAACCUGAUCAGUCUAGUGAAUUUAAGAAAUAUUUCAGUGAUGUCUCCAGCCUUGAUCUUCAUCAACAAACACACUCAGGAGUGAAGUCUCAUACGUGUCGUGAGUGUGGAAAAAGCUUCUGUUACAGCUCAGCACUUCAUAUUCAUCAGAGAGUUCAUCUGGGAGAGAAACGCUACAAGUGUGAUGAGUGUGGUAAGGAAUUCAGCCAGAGCUCAUGUCUGCAAACUCAUCAGAAAGUUCACACUGUGGAGAAGCCAUUCAAAUGUGAGAAGUGUGGGAAUGGCUUCUGUCGUAGAUCAGCACUUAAUGUUCAUUAUAAAUUGCACAUGGAAGAGAAACCUUAUAAUUGUGAGCAGUGUGGAAGGGCGUUCAUUCAUGCUUCACAUCUUCAGGAACAUCAGAGAAUCCACACUGGGGAGAAACCCUUCAAAUGUGAUAAAUGUGGCAAGAGUUUCCGACGUAGAUCAUCACUUAAUAGUCAUUGUAUGGUCCACACAGGAGAAAAACUGUACAAAUGUGAGGAGUGCGGGAAGUGUUUCUUUUGUAGCUCAAAUCUUCAUAUCCAUCAGAAGGGCCACACACGAGAGAAACCUUAUAAAUGUGAGGAGUGUGGGAAGGGCUUCAUUCAGCCUUCACAUUUUCGGGCCCAUCAGAGAAUCCAUACUGGAGAGAAACCAUAUGUAUGCAAAGUGUGUGGUAAAGGCUUUACUAUGAGUUCAAAUCUUCAGGCACAUCAGAGAGUCCACACAGGAGAGAAGCCAUACAAAUGUGAUGAGUGUGGGAAGAACUUUGGUACAAAAACCCGUUAUCAAGUUCAUCUGGUAGUCCACACGGGAGAGAGACCCUAUAAAUGUGAGGUAUGUGGGAAGGACUUCAGUCAGAGAGCAUAUCUUCAGUCCCAUCUGAAGACCCACAGCAUAGAGAAACCUUACAAGUGUGAGGAGUGCGGGCAGGGCUUCAAUCAGAGUUCCCGACUUCAGAUUCACCAGCUGAUCCAUACUGGUGAGAAACCACACAAAUGUGAAGAGUGUGGGAAGGGAUUCAAUCGUAGAGCAGAUCUCAAAAUUCAUUGCAGAAUCCACACAGGAGAGAAACCAUUUAAUUGUGAGGAAUGUGGCAAAGUAUUCAGGCAGGCCGCAAAUCUUCUGGCCCAUCAGAGAAUCCAUAGUGGAGAGAAACCAUUCAAAUGUGAGGAGUGUGGGAAGAGUUUUGGUCGCAGUUCACACCUUCAAGCCCAUCAGAAAGUCCACACGGGAGAAAAGCCAUACAAAUGUGAGGAGUGUGGGAAGGGCUUCAAAUGGAGCUUGAAUCUUGACAUGCAUCAGAGGGUCCACACAGGAGAGAAACCCUACAAGUGUGGGGAGUGUGGUAAACACUUCAGUCAGGCCUCAAGUCUGAAGGUUCAUCAGAGUGUUCACAGUGAAGAGAAACCAUACAAAUGUGAUGUGUGUGGCAAGGUCUUCCGCCACUCUUCGCAGCUGCAGUCUCAUCAGCGGGUUCACACAGGGGAGACACCUUACAAGUGUGAGACGUGUGGUCAGAGCUUCCGUUGGCGAUCAAAACUUUCACAUCACCGCAAAACUCAUGGUGGCAAUACAUUUUAUGAAAGUAAGAAGAGUGGUAAGAACAUCAAAGAAUCAUCAGAAAGAAGUUCUCCAAAAUGAUGCUUAUUAAUAAAACCCUGAAUUCUUAUCAUCAUUGAGUCUCAUAAGAGAGAAAAUACUUGUGUUAGUUUAGUUGGUAUUUAAGCAAUAAUUGAACAUAGCUCAGUUUUCACAAGAUCACAGUUGAGAAACCUUGUAAGUGAUGUGGUAAGUCUUUGUUCAGAAUCACUUAGGAGGUAGUAGUACUUAGGAAAAGAGUUUGGUCUGGCCUUUAACACAAGUAUAAUGAUGGGUAUACUAGAAUUGAUACCCACUAAAAUGUAAGCUCCAUGAGGGCUGGGACUUUGCUGCUAAAUCUAUACAGCCCUCAAAGCUGGAGGCAUCAUAAUUCUGGACUUCAAGUUAUAUUACAAAACUGUAGUAAACAAAAUUGUAUGGUACUGGCACAAAAACAAGACACAUAGGUCAAUAAAACAGAAUAGAAAACCCAGAAAUGAACCCAUAAUUAUGUGGCCAGUUAAUCUACAACAAAGCAGGGAAGACUAUCCAAUGGGAAAAAGAGGUUUUUUUUUUUCAACAAAUGGUGUUGGAAAAACUGGACAGUCACAUGCAAAAGAAUGAAAUUGGACUACU